UUGUGCAUCAGAGGAUCACACACACACACACACACACUCUCUGUGUCUCUGCUCCUGUGGCGGCUGAAAAAACAAGUGACUCACAGUCAGGACAAAGAGGCGGAGCCUGAAGACAGCACAGAGGCGGAGCCUGAAGACAGCACAGCGAUGGAGGUGGCAGCGCUCGGUCGGCCGUUUAGUCUGGGGAUGCUUUACGACUGUCGCAAGGAUAUCCUCGUCCCAGGAAAGACACUGUGGAACAUCAGCGACCUGGAAAAAGACACACGAGCCAGAGAAAAACCCAGCAGUGAAUUUGAGAUUGUUGCAUCUGAAUCGAUCGAGGACAAAUCUUCAUCUCUGAAGGUUGAAGCUUCUCUGAAGGCCAGUUUCUUGGGUGGACUGGUAGAAGUGAACGGAUCGGCCAAAUACCUGAAUGAUCAGAGGACGUCCAAAAAGCAGGCCAGGGUCACUCUGAAGUAUGAAACCACCACAAAGUUCGAGGAACUGUCGAUGAGUCAUCUCAGUAGAGACAACGUGAAGUUCCCGUACGUGUUUGAUGAAGGCAUAGCCACACAUGUGGUCACAGCUAUUCUCUAUGGAGCACAAGCCUUCUUUGUGUUUGACCGCGAGGUGUCGGAAAAGGAAGAUCAUCAAGACAUCCAGGGGAACCUGAAAGUAAUGAUCAAGAGGAUCCCAUGCCUUGCUAUCGAGGGCGAAGGUUCUCUAAAAAUGGAAGAUAAAGACAAGGCCCAUGUUGACAAAUUCUCCUGUAAAUUUUACGGAGACUUUUCUCUCCGUAACAAUCCUGUGUCUUUCCAGGAUGCUGUUCACGUCUACCAAAGCCUGCCGACAUUGCUGGGACCCAACAGAGAAAACGUCGUACCAGUGAAGGUCUGGUUGUUGCCUCUGACAAAUUUAGAUUCUAAUGCUGCAAAGAUUGUCCGUCAGAUAAGUGUAGGGUUAGUUCAGGAAGCACAGAGUGUCCUGGAGGACUUCAGCGAGAUUGAAAUGAAGUGCAACGAUGCUAUGAGGACAACAACCGCACAGCAGUUCCCACAGAUUGGCAAAAAACUUAGAAGUUUUAAAGAAAUGUGCACAGUGUUCAAGCUGGAUUUCCAGCGAACCCUAUCAGAGAAACUUCCAUCAAUACGAGGGGGAGGGGAAGAGGAGUCGGCGCUCACAGAGGUUCUGAUGAAGAGACAAUCUUCUCCGUUCAACAGCAAAAACCUGGAUGAGUGGAUGAACUGCAAAGAGAGGGAAAUCAGCAUUUUAAAAUCUUUUACCAACAUUUUGAAAAACACAGAGAUCGUUUCAUCUCAGAGCAAACUUCAUGAGGCAAUUCUCAGUGCAGAAAACACGGUGUGUUUAGUUUUCACCUCUCUGGAAAGUGUUGAACCUUAUCUCUCAGCUUUGUCAAACUACAACCAAAAAAACACCAAACUCAACGACCUCCAAGAUCCACUUACCUAUGAUGUGGAGAAGGAGCAAUGGUACCUUUCAGACGGAGUCUUAGAUACAAUGAGGAAGAAAGUAACGCUUGUCAGUGACUUUGCUGAAGCCAACAAGGAGAACAAGAACAUUAAGUUCCUGACAGUGGGUUUGACAAAUAAGAACCUGAAAGGUUCCAGCAUCUACCUUUAUAAAGAUGGUUCUCCUGAAGACAAGAACUUUCAACCACCUUCAAAACCUGAAACUGUGAGAGUGAGUGACAUAAACCACAACAGUGUGACGCUGAAGAUCUCUCCACCCAGAUUUGGAGCAGAGAACAUCACCUCCUACUCUGUUGAUUGUUGUGUCAGUGGAGAGGAUGGAUGGAAACAAAAGAUGGCACCAAAGGCUGAGGAGGUCACAGUGAGCAAUCUGAGUCCCAACACCGAGUAUGUGCUCAGAUGCAGAGCAGUCACCUCAGUAGGUAUCGGGCCGGUCAGUGAGGUCACUGGUUCUGUUAAGACGUUGCCCUGCAGUCCACCUGGAAAACCUCAAGUUGAUCCAAACUCCAGUGAGAUAUUAGUGAGCUGGCAGAAACCUGCAGAGCUCGGACAAGACAUGCAGGUUCUGAGCUACAUCGUAGAAUACGCCAAAAAAGAAGAUCUCCAGUGGAACCACACGUGGUCAGGAGCUGAGAAGGCAAUCAUUUCAGGGCUUCAGUCCGAGACAGAGUACGUUGUCAGGGUCAUAUGUGACUGUGGUGGAGAUGGCAAAAGCAAAGAAAGCAUCCCUGUUAAUGUCCGCACAACAAUGCGCAAAUUUGAUCGCCUCGCGGAAUACCUCAAACACAAAAGCAAGAUAUUGGAGUCCAACUCUCCCUCUCUUUACAAACUGCCACUGACAGAGGAAGACAUGGACAUAGAGGGAUGCCGAAGAUUUAACUUUGGCAAAGAAACCAUGAGGCAGAAUCGUACCAUCAUGCUCCUGGGAGCGACCGGAUCAGGAAAAUCCACACUCAUCAAUGGAAUCAUCAACUACAUUGUUGGUGUAGAGUGGAAGGAUGAUUUCAGAUUUAAAUUGGUUGUCGAGGAUCAGUCCAGAUCACAGGCUGAAAGUCAGACCUCGGAAGUCUCAGUCUACAAAGUGAACUAUCAAGAGGGUUUUAAGAUCCCGUAUUCUCUGACCAUGGUGGACACUCCAGGUUUUGGAGACACAAGAGGAAUAGGACGAGAUAAGGACAUAACAGAACAAGUCAGGAAGCUCUUCACCUCGGCAGAGGGAGUCAAAGAGAUCGACGCCGUGUGUUUCGUUACUCAGGCCUCUCUUGCAAGACUGACGGCAACACAGCGCUACGUGUUCGAUUCCGUGCUCUCCAUUUUUGGCAAAGAUGUGGCAGAGAACAUUGAGAUGCUGGUGACUUUCGCAGAUGGAAAGCAGCCGCCAGUUCUAGAAGCAAUCAACAUCUCUGGACUGCCCUGUCCCAAAAAUGACUUGGGGCUUCCAGUUCACUUCAAGUUCAACAACUCUGCACUGUUUGCAGACAACAGGUGCCUCAGAGGCGAGACCUGUGAUGAAGACUCGGACGAUGACGAUGACAACUUUGACGAAAUGUUUUGGAAAAUGGGAGCCAAAAGUAUGGAACGGUUCUUUACUGCUUUGGGCAAAAUAACAACCAGAAGCUUGCAAAUGACCCAAGAGGUUCUGAAAGAGCGAAAGCGGCUGGAAACAGCGGUUGAAGGUUUACAGCCGCAAGUGAAAGCUGGACUAGCAAAACUCGAGCAAAUCAGGACAACAAAAGAAAAGAUCAAAGACCAGGAAACAACCAUGAGCUCAAAUGAAAAUUUUCAGAUUGAGGUGGAAAUUAUCAAACCAGUCAAAGAAGAACUGACCAAGAGCGGAGAGUUCAUCACAAACUGUCAGAAGUGUUCAAUAACAUGUCACUACCCAUGUGGCAUAGCAGAGGAUUCUAAAAAAGAUCGCUGUACGGCGAUGGAUCAGACCGGGAUGUGCAUGGUCUGCCCCGGAAAAUGCAUUUGGAGUGUUCACUUCAACCAGAGGUACAGGUGGGAGUACGUUAAAGUGACGGAGAAGAAGACACUGAAGGAGAUCAAAGAGAAGUACGAGCAAGCGUCGCAUGAAAAGAUAACCACUCAGAAACUGAUCGAGAGGCAAGAGGAAGAGAUCGUCGGCCUCCAAGACAUGAUUAUAGCUCUCGUUGAACAGUCGGCUUCCUCCAUAAAUCGUCUUCAAGAGAUUGCACUGAAGCCCAACCCCCUGACCAUCCCGGAGUACAUCGACAUGCUGAUAGAUGGAGAAAUGACCGAGGCCAAGGAAGGUUACCAGGCUCGAGUCCACUCUCUGGAGUCCAUGAGGGAAAGGGCAGAGAUCAUCUCCAAGGUGGCCAGAGGAGAGCAGCUGAACAAAAGCGAUGAGCAGUUGUCUCAGGAUCGGCAACAGAGGAAAGAAAAGGUCGGUUUCUUUAAGAAAAUGGGAAACUAUUUGGGAUUUUCUUAGGAAAAAUCUUCACAAGCAGCUGCUACAGUGAUGAUCAGUACCAUUUGAAAUACUGCUGACUCAUGCUAACAUUUAGAUUUAUUAUUAGAUGUGUGUCAAUAAUCUCUAAACACUUUUUUUUUUAAGCCACAAACGCAAAUAAAAUAUCGAUUUAAUCAUUGAAAAGAAAUUAAAAUACACUUUUGCAAUGAUAGGAAUUUUGUUUGCUACGCCUCUUGCCUUUGCGGAAAUGUCUCCGAUACUGCCGAAAAUGUGGGCAUCGGUAUCGGCGAGGACUGUAGUCCAUGCACCGAUUCCGCAAGUUGCAAUUCCAAUGUAUUAGAGCUCCGUUAGCUCUGACAUGGUUCUUCUUCGCCGCUCUUGAAACAGCUGCACUGUGCUGUUUUAGAGGCGUGAAGAAGAACUGAUCACCUGACACCUGUAGACAAGGAGCUAACGUUAGCUCAUCAUGUCGGCGGUUUGGCAGUAUUAACCAGUUAGCUCCGUUAGCGUUGUUAGCUGCGCUAGCUCCGUUAGCGUGCCUACAGUCAAACUGGAGCGGACGUUUAUUAAACGUAAAGAGCAGCACUACAGCUAACCAGCGUACCUGUGUCCUGGGUAUGUAUGUCUCUGUUUUUAAAGUUUAGCGUUACUUCAGAGACUCAUUUUAACAAUCUGGAGUCAUGUAAAAAUGAUGUCACGCGUGUCCUUUCCCGGUCAGUCGUCAUGGAAACAUGAAGCUCUGCCAGUGCUGCGGUGUUUGGACCAGAGUCAAAACAAACGUACAAGCUGAAAAACGAAAUAUCAUAUCACUGGUAAAAAUAAAUGGUUUCCAUUUGCUGUUUUCGUUCAUGUUUUACAGAGGGUUUAACCUGAGCCAAACCUUACCACCAUUGAUAUUCAUAUCACAGUCAUGCAGGCGUAGUAUGAUAUAUUUUCUUUUAUAACACACUGGUAUCGGUAUCGGUACUCUGUAUCGGCCGAUACCCACAGCACAAGUAUCAGAAUCGGUAUCGGGAGGGAAAAAAUGGUAUCGGAACAUCUCUAGACGAGGUCCAGUCCAUCAAUCAGCAGGCAGCUUCCUAAGCCCCGCCCACAGUCAGAAUCACAAACAGAAAAGCCCGGCACAAAGAAAGAGUGAGGGAGUGCAAAUGCUUUAUCCUGUUUGCAAUAUCAUUCUGAUAAUUUGAGCAGAAAAAUUAGGAAGUUUAAUGAUUGAUGAAGUCAUUUUUUUUUUUUUAUUCUACCACUACAUGCUAACACUAGCAUUGUUCUGUUAGCAUUGCAGGAAAAUCCCAAACUUCUUGGGUUUGGUUUGUAAUUUUGUCAUCUUUCUUUUUUUUUUUUUUUUAAAUGAUAGAAAAUCCACACGUUUGUGAAGUUUGAGAAAAUAUCCUGUUUGUUUUUAUUAAUUUUUUGUCUCAACAUUUGAAUAAGUCUUAAAAUCUUGAUGUCAUAAAUAAAUUCACUCCACUUUUUCUUUCUUUUUGUGAGAUUUAAAUAAAACACUCACAUGGACGGAUCCAUAUUAUUACUAUAAUCAAUUUUUUUAAUUAAUAACAUUACAUUAAAAAAGGAUGUUCAUGUUCUAUAACUUUAAAUUGUUUUGACUUUAACUAAAAGUAUUUUACUAUAUUCUUAUUGAAGUUACAGAUUAAAUUAAAUCAAAUAGGACUUUAAAUAAUAAAACCACAAAGAAAAAGGAAACAAUAAGUAUUUAUUCUUUCUUAAAAUGCACAUUUUGUUAUUUAAUUUUGUAAUAUUCCUUCAAAUUAAAAUACACCUUUUAUUUAAUUGAGUUAUUCUUUGAAAAAUAAAAUGCACCUUUAAUGUUGUUAAAUUUUGUGAUUAUUCUUUCAAAAUAAAAUACACAUGUUUAUGUUAGCAGUAAUUUUUGACUAUUAUUUCAAAAUGAAAUACCCAUUUGUUAGCUUUAAUUAUUGAAUUAUUCUUUCAAAAUAAAAUAGUCAUACGAAAAAUAAACGUCAAGUGUGAGUGGAGAGAAAAAGAGCAGCAGCUUUAUUUUCAUGGAGUUCAUGUAUUCAGGAAUGUUGUGAAGGACAGACAACAGAAGACGGCCGACAGAAGCCAAACAUUCAGAGAAACAAAAUUAAAAAAGUAAAAUCAAUAACUUGAAAAAAAACACAUUUGCGUUGAAGUUUUUCUUAAGAAUUUGUUUCUGUAAAAAACAACAUAGAAAUCACAACAGCAUGAUGAAACAUUUAUCGCAAUAUUUUCUCUUUUUUCCCUGAUAAACAUGUAACAGAUUUGACCUUUUUUUGUUGUUGCAUCUAAAGUGUAAAUGUUUCCAUGACAACAGUUUCAACUCACGGCAAUGAAGUCACACAACAUGUUUAAAGCUGCAGUCAGUGAUUUUCCUCCAUUUUUACCGAUCGGCUGUUCACUCUGCGACAAGUCUGUUAUUCAAAGUUCUUACGCAAAAGUUAAUGUCUCGAGUGUUGGAACAUCCGAGGCAAUAUCGGUAGGUAGUUAGCUUAGCAUUAGACACACGGUUUACGCAACAAGAUUACAUAAAACAAGAACGAAAAAAAGAGUGGAUGGAUGCUAGCUUAAUAAAGCGUCUUAAUAAAGUUACGAUAAAGUUACGACAUUCUUUUAAGGUACAGUUAUUGAUGUGUUAGGAAGAAGAGGGUGGGGCAGGAAGUGAAACUACCUGGAAACAUUGGAAAACAUGCGUUACUAUCGCAUUUUUUUACUAUGAAGGUAGUUAGCUUAGCAUUAGUUUACUUGAGUAACGCAAAUUAACACAAAGAUCCAGUUACAUUUACAUCAAGAUAAAUGUACGAUGUUCACUUCACAAUAUUCCACCUUGGGCAGAAUUUUUUUUUUUUUUUUUUUGUUUAAGUUAGUUAGCUUAGCAUUAGGCACGCAAGUGCACGUCGUGUUCACAUCGGUAACAUUAGGGGAUGUGAAGAAGCUAAAUUCACAAGGUUUUAAAUUCUUUAAAAAUUUUGCGUGAAUUUCGUAAAAGCCACUUGAGGCGGAAAUUCGAAACAAGAGAAACGCGGCAGUGACAGACAUGAUGAGAUCACUGACUUCAGCUUUAAUGAGACAAAUGACAAUUAAUAAAAUAUUUAGCGCAGAGUCUUGACGUGAUCUGAUUAACACUUUUUUCUUUAACAGAAUAUGCCCCGCCCACACACAAAACCCCAAACAUGUAUAAUAAUAAGGUACAUGUAACAUACAGAGAGGGGCCCAUGUCCGCGUGAACUUUGACCUAAACGUGACAUGAAACUGUUGACAAAGCAUUAGUUAGCGCUGAGCUGCCGACUCAAGAAAAAAGCAAUACUUGCGGAGCUUUAAAGGAAUAGUUUGCAAAUUAUGUGGGGGGUUUUAUGAGAUCCUGACACAGAAACAAAGGAAAAGACGUAAAAUCUAUGUCAGUCUACGAUAUCUUACCAUUCAAUCUCCCACACCAAAUCUCAUAGAGAAAAUCAGUGUACAAUCUUAGCUCACAGGGACACAGGAGCUGCUGGUCCUCUGCUGCCUCGUGUGGUCACUUUCUGUCACUGAAGUCAAUCUGAAAGCCGAAUUGACAAAAGAAGACAUUUGAACUUAGUGAUGGAGGCAGCAGUGGAUCAACAACUCCUGUGUGUGUGUGAUGUUAAAAUCACUGAUUUUCUCGAGACUUUGGUGUGGGAGAGUGAGUGGUUUACAAACUUCAGUUUCCUGUUGGAAAAGUCUGUCUCACAGUGAGAUAAAGACGUGAUCAUGUGACGUAGAAAUCGAUGACUAUGAUUAAGUGCCUAAAAUCUGUGUUUCCUUGUGUCUCCAGGCAUCAUAUGUUGUGCAUUGUCCUUUAAGGCCAAACUAACUUUAUAAAAAUCUAUCUGUAACAAAAAGUGUUAAUAAAACUCAUAAUAAUUAA